AUGCAUAGUAACUGUUACAUAGAAUACAGACUUAUUUCGAAGAAAGGAGAAGGAACCUUCAGCGAGGUCCUCAAAGCACAAAGCAUAAAAACAGGCAAGUUUGUUGCGAUAAAAUGCAUGAAAACCCAUUUUACAUCUAUCGAGCAGGUUAAUAAUUUACGAGAAAUCCAAGCUUUGAGGCGUCUAUCGCCUCAUCCCCACAUAGUAAAGCUAAUUGAAGUGAUAUAGUAACAGCUAUUCAGUGACGAGCCCACAGGAAGACUCGCAUUGGUGUUUGAACUGAUGGAUUUAAAUCUUUAUGAAUGAUAUAAAGGGAGAAAACAUCCUAUUCCUGAAGCCAAGAUAAAGUCUUAUAUGUACCAGCUGCUAAUAGCGCUCGAACAUAUGCACCACACAGACAUUUUUCAUAGGGACAUCAAGCCUGAAAACGUUUUGCUUGCAGACGACAUUUUGAAGCUAGCUGAUUUUGGCUCUUGCAGAGGGAUAAACACUCGCCAGCCUUAUACAGAAUAUAUUUCGACAAGAUGGUAUAGACCUCCUGAGUGCUUGCUUACAGAUGGUUUUUAUAAUUUUGCGAUGGACAAUUGGGGUGCAGGCUGCAUUUUUUUCGAAGUCAUUGCUUUGACGCCACUGUUUCCUGGGAAGAAUGAGCUGGACCAAGUCAGACUGAUACAUAAAAUUAUGGGAACCCCAAGCCAAGCUAUCCUAGACGAUUUUAAGAAGAAAGCGACUCAUAUGGAAAUAAAUUUUUCAAAAGUCGAUGGAACCGGAUUUUCUCGGCUUAUCCCGAACGCGAAUCCUCAAGCAGUUGAUUUGAUCCAGAAGCUUUUAGUUUACAAUUGGGAAGAAAGGAUUUCUGCUCAUGAAGCUCUAAAGCAUCCUUAUUUCAAUGAGCUUCGGCAGCAAGAAAAAACAGUCAGGCUUUUUGCGGUGCCUGCAAGGUCUGAAUCUCCAUCGGCAGAUAGUGCAGCAGGCAGCAAGUCUAAAGAAUCCAUCUAUUUGCCUCCAAUUGACAACAAAAAACUUAAGCAGAUCCCCAAAAUUCAAGGUCCUACUUAUUCAAAAAAGAACAUUACCCUGGACCAGAAAUCAGUAAUCUCAAAGCCUCAGUUUCCUCACUGGAAAUCGCCUUAUGCGGCAAAACAUUUUUAUAAAUCUUAUUAUUAG